AUGGCUGCUUUCCGCUCGACGUGGUCGGCAGUUCUCUUGCAGUCCAUUUUGCUGGGCCUCAGACACGUCGUGGCAGAAGAGGUGUGCGAACAUGGCGCCACUAGCUCUGCUCUGCUGCAGUAUGGGCACGUCACAGUGGUACAUACGACCAGUGCGGCGCUUGUUGUCAACUCCACCAAUUCGACAAAUGGGUCGUUGAUAAUUGCAGGGGUUGACGCUUGCUUGAAGGAGCGGAUGCUCGACGCAUCAGGAGACCCGGAAGAGUUACAGCGUUGGGACAUGGUACGCGAAGCGGAGAUCCUUGCCCGGUUGGGGCGUGCUGGUGUGAGGGCCGAGGGGUGGCCAAGGGAUCCAGAAGUGAUCCGAGCAGCCAAGGUAUUCUGGCUGAUUUCAGUAGCAGGUCAAGAUGCUGCUGAGGCCAUCGUCAGGAAGGAGUUUGAGGAGCGGACCCUGGCGACUUUGUCAAGUGCGAAUUUGAGCGAGGAGGCUAUCCAGCGCUUCACAGAGACGAUCCAACAGAUGGCCGUGAUGUGUGGGAAAGAGGAAGCGGGCAAUGAGACAUCGCAGAAGGAAAGCGACAUCUUGCAUGAGAAUUUUACCGACGAAGAGUCACGGGUGGCAAUGGAGAUUGCCACCUACGCGGCAGGCUUGUGCAAGUCACAGGCUUUGGACUUGGACUUCUUCACGGACCAUUUCGGAAGCUCUGCGGAUUGUGCAGAGAUGAUCUCAGGCCCCCGCCUGGUGCAGCUGAACAAGUUCGCCAGGAAACUGGAGUACCUCGCCAAGACGAUUCUCGUCCUACACGAUGCGCAUAAUCAGUUGGGUCAUCAUCUCAGCCGACAGCUGAGCUCACGAGCCUCCUUCUCUGAACUGUCCAUCUCGAAGCCGCUCUCGGAUGCUCUCGCGCAUUAUGCCAACACCCGUACUACGAGGAUGUCCAUGGGUUUUCGAUUGAUUCCUACUGCCAAUCCAACUUUCAGCUCAAGAGAGAGGAUGGAGAACAUUGGAUCAGCCAAAGCGAGGAAAUCCAGGCCUAUGUCCAGUGCCUCUGCGUGGAUCUCGAGCCGUCCAUCCUGUGCGAUGCCAAGCCAUUCGGCAGAAUCAGCUGUGGCUGUGCUCUUUGCUUUGUGUAUGUAA